AUGCAAAAGAUCGGCAGAGGCUGCGCCAAGUCGCUCCAGCCUUGUUCGCUUACUACGUCGGCCAAUCAGAAGGCUGACGAGCAAUCGUUCAAGUCUGAUGAUGAUACCUCCUCGGAAGGACUGGUUGAGGACAAAAGCCUAAUCCUACGCACAAUUCGCCAGAAGGGCAAGGGUCGCCUCGCACUACCAUCUUCUCUAUCCUGUGACUCGCAUUUGAUCUUCCGUUUGGCAGCCUCGUCGUUCGUCACCUCAGACCGAGCGUUCGACUCGACUUCAUCAAAAAGACCGGCCGCCUUCAUUCGCCGGCUUGUUCGCUUCAACACCGAGCAUUUAGACCCACCAAGGACUUGGCGCAGACCCGAAUCUCCUCGAUCAUCGAAGCACCUUGAAUCUACAAAUAUCCUCACUGCCUGA